UAGACUCCGAGUCCUUCUGGACCUCGAAUUCCGGAAAGUGUGUAAUCUCUCUUUUGGUUUGCCUCUUGAGUCUCUUUUGCAAUCCCCUGUUUGGUUCAAUCUUCAAAGAAACAGAGAUAUCAUUACACCCUCUCUCUCUCUCUCUCUCCCUCAAACCUUCCAUGGCCGGACCUUGAUCAUCUCAGCGCCGCUGCCACCGUGGUUUUGGUCGUAAAGCCCUUUCCGAUCUCACCCAAUAUUGCUCUCUUUAUUUGCUUUGCACCGAGGUUAGCCACAGCCGAACCACAACGGACCACAACCGCCACCAGUGAUAGCGGUGGUUUACGGCAAUGGCAUAUGGUUUGUGACUGUGAUCUUUUCUACUCCAUAACAUAAAGGAUUCUGUUGAUAUAAUUCAGAGCACUGAGAAGAAUGGCCGAUGGAAUGUCAAGUUUCUGGGGUCCUGUCACAUCCACUAUUGAUUGUUGUGAGAAGAAUUAUGCCUACUCAACUUAUAUUGCGGAAUUUUACAACACCAUAUCAAACAUUCCAUGCAUUCUUUUGGCCCUCUUUGGUCUUAUCAAUGCUAUAAGACUACGAUUUGAGAAGAGAUUUACUGUUCUUCACAUAUCUAAUAUGAUACUUGCCAUUGGCAACAUGUUAUACCAUGCCACAUUGCAACGAGCGCAACAGCAGAGCGAUGAAACUCCUAUGGUGUGGGAGAUGCUACUCUAUAUGUACAUCCUCCACUCACCAGACUGGCACUACCGCAGCACAAUGCCUACUUUCCUAUUCCUUUAUGGUAUUGUUUUUGCUGUUGUCCAUUCAUUUGUCCAUCUCGGCAUUGGCUUCAAGGUGCAUUAUGGAAUCUUGUGUCUCCUCUGCAUUCCCCGAAUGUACAAGUAUUACAUUUACACAAAAGAUGCUUCUGCUAAGCGGCUUGCAAAGCUUUAUGUGGCAACCCUUCUCCUAGGUAGCUUGUGUUGGCUCUGCGAUCAUCUUUUCUGCAAGGAGAUAUCUAGUUGGCUCAUUAAUCCACAGGGUCAUGCCAUUUGGCAUGUCUUCAUGGGUUUCAAUUCUUACUUUGCAAACACCUUCUUGAUGUUUUGUCGUGCUCAGCAAAGGGAAUGGUCUCCAAAAAUUGCUUAUCUUAUGGGUGUCCUACCGUAUGUGAAGGUUGAGAAACCAAAAGCCCAAUGAAAGAAACACACAAGUGAUGGAAGUAUUGGCUAUCUUGAGACGUUUUGGCAGGUGACAGACUUAACAAGUGACCAUUUUUGUUCUCUUUUUCGAGAUGGCUUCUGGUAUGCCAUUGAAAUUUCCAUUGUUAUAAAAGUAGAACAUGUACCAUAUUUAUAAGCUUUUGUUGCCGGUACGAGAUUAGAUGUUUUUUUUUUUUUUUGGGGGUGAAUCAAAUGGCUUUUUUCUGAAUACUUAGAUUUGAUUUUUGGUUUUAGAAACACAUAUCCUGUUGUUGAACUCUUGAGAGAUUCAUGAAUUUUGAAUUUGUUAGUUUUAUGUCUUUAA